UGAUUGAUAUCUCCAUUAGGCAUCAUUGGCCUGGCAGAGAAAUGAGCACUGGUUUUCAUUUUUCCAGUUUUUUUUUUUUUUUUCUGUUUGAGAGCAGAAUUGCAAUUUCAAUUUUCAAUAAAUGACAUAGCCCUUUUCCUUUUCCUUACCUUGCACCCAUGUGAGCAGCCCUCGAAGUAAGCGAGAUGCGACUCUCUAACCAUACAAAAAAAUUGAAAGGCCUUGCCGAUCUCUGGCUCUCUGCCCCACCCAUUAUUGUAGCUGGUUUCUGGAAUGAAGCAUUUUUGCAGGAGUAGUGGUUUUCAAGUAAAAGAUGAGAUUCUUCUUCAGCGUUAGAGGAUCUCUCUCCUCAAUCCUCAUCCACCCAUCCCCCUCUAGAUGUUUGCAUUUUGGCCUAUGAGGUGAGAUACUGAGGUUUUUGGCAAAGAUGGGUGAUAUUGUUGAUAUGGGUUUCAGGCAAAAGGUAUGUGGUUUUUUGGUCUUUGCGAUCUUCAGGCGAAGUCGGGAUACAUUAUUGGUUUUCAAGGAAGAUGAGGGUUUUGGUGACUGUGAUUUAGCCAAAUAUGAGAUCUUUGAGCAGUUUAGGAAUCGGUCUUAGUCUGGUUUUCGGCUGUCUUCUCUUAGCUCUCGUUGCAGAGCUUUACUACUUGUUAUGGUGGAAGAAGAGAACCACCAACAGAGAAAUUGAAGAUGAUUAUAGCAACUCCGUGAGAGAACUUUUCUAUCUAUUCUGCUGUAAGAAACCAUCUUUGUUGAGCUCCACGGCUCUGAACCCACAAGAACUUUGGACUACUGUGAGAAUCACUGAUGCCCAUGCCCAUGAAUCAGAGAAUCAAGUUCACUUACAUUCAGGCUCAAACAAGGAUUUUUUGCUAAAAUCUUUUGGAGAGGACGGCAUGGAAACGGAGCUCAUGAGGUUGCACAAUCUCUCAGGCCCCCCAAGAUUCCUCUUCACCAUCAAAGAAGAGACAGCAGAGGAUUUGGAGUCUGAAGACGGAAGGUCUAGAAGUGAUAAAAGCCGGAAAGGAUCAAGAAGUAGGAGUUUGAGUGAUCUCCUUACACUGGAGACUCCAUUUUUGACUCCUCUGUCUUCUCCGCCCCUUUUCGCUCCUCCUCUAACCCCUAUGGACCGUUAUAACCACCAUGGGUUCAAUCCUCUCUUCGAAGCAUCAAUAGAUGCAGAGUUGAAUAGGAUAAGGUCUUCCCCUCCUCCAAAAUUCAAGUUCUUGAAGGAUGCAGAGGAAAAAUUGUACAGAAGAAAACUGAUGGAAGAAGCUGAGAAAAGGACCCAGAAAAAUGCUGGGCCUGUUCAGGAUGACGUGAUGAAAGCUCCUACUCCAUCAACCGUCACAGAUGAGGAAGAAAGAUCUUUUAUCACAAUCUUUGUUGGUAAGAACAAAGAAAAGGAGAUUCCUCACCAUCAUCAUUUACCACAGAGCCAUUCAAGUUCGUCACAAGUACUACCACUGUCUUCUUUCCCCUUCAACAAUCAGACCAGCUAACAAGAAACCCAUGUUCCAUCAGAGUUCCAUGGAUCGAGAUUAAAUGAAAUGGGCUUUGAUUUUUCCUUUUCUUUUCUCUUUUUUUUUUAAUUAAUCUUUCAUUAUUAUGCCUGUAUGUGUCUUUAGUAUAGAUUUUAUAAUUUGGGUUCUUCAAUCUAUAUUUCCUGUUUAGUGUUUA